AUGGAAGAACCGACUAAGUCAGACAUCGACGCCAUUUUUAAACGAUUGAGAACACUUCCUGCAAAUAAGACGUGUUUCGACUGUGAUACUAAAAAUCCCACAUGGGCGUCGGUUACGUACGGUAUAUUUUUAUGUAUUGAUUGCUCAGCAAGACAUCGCGGUCUUGGCGUUCAUUUAUCAUUUGUUCGUUCGACUAAUCUUGAUACUAGUUGGGGAUGGCUUCAACUUCGAGCCAUGCAAGUUGGUGGAAAUGCUAAUGCUGAAGCAUUUUUUCAACAGCAUGGAUGUCAAACAAAAGAUAUUCAACAAAAAUAUAAUAGUAGAGCGUCACAACUUUAUCGGGAAAAACUUCAUCAACUUGCUACUAAAGCAAUGCAACAAUAUGAAACAAAAUUGUUUCUUGAUGAUGCACAUAAGCAUGAACAUAACCAUUCAACAAAUGAAAAGAAAGAAGAUGAUUUCUUUCAUGAACAUUCUCAAAUUUCAGCUAAAACUGACCGUGGAGAUAAUGUAACAAUCUCUUUACAUUCCAGUAAUCAAAGUCUGGAUAAGACUGAACAACAAACAGAAGGACCAACUGUGGAUCUAAGUGCCUUGAAUAAUGAUGGUCCAAUGAAACCAAUCGAUCCAAAACGAACAAAUAUUGGUCAACGUCGAGCUCCAGCAGCAAAAAAGAAAGGUUUUGGUGCACAAAAAGUAACAACGGAUUUCAAAGAAAUCGAGCGUAAUGUUCAAGAACAAGAAAAACAUCGUGAACAAGAAGCUUUUCUUGAAAUUAAAAAUCGUGAAGAAACCGAAAAACAAUUAGAAAAACGAAUGGCGAAUCUCAAAUUUGUUUAUCAAGAUCUCAAUAAACAACGUGAUAUAGAAGAAGCUAAAUUAAAGCAAUCGAAUCCUAAGAAAGCUGAACAAAUGGAACGGCUUGGCAUGGGUUUUGGCAGUCGAAGCGGUGUAAGUCAUAGUGCUAUGACUGAUAUGCAAACAAUUCAACAAGAAGGUGUAACUACAACAAGAAAUAUUUCGCUUGCACCAAAAACUCGAGAUUUUUUCGAUGACUUCGAAUCAUCUGGCUUCAGUAGUCGAUCAAAACUCGACGAUGAUCUAUUUAAACCUAAAUCCUCAUCAAAAACUGCAGACACAUUUACUGAUGAUUGGGAUAUUAUUGAUCAAAACACUCCAGCCGAUGAUUAUGGAUUUGGUGGAACGAACAGUUCAUCCUAUUCUAAUAAUGGUGCCUCUAAAUCAUCAUCUUCCAAAUCAAAAACUCAAUCCUCAACAUCUUAUGGUGAAGGAAAUAGUAGUGAUGCACAAAAACGUUUUUCAAAUGCUAAGGCUAUAUCAAGUGAUCAAUUUUUUAAUAAAGAUUCUGAUAAUGAUCGAAACAAUGUAGUAUCACGUUUUCAAGGAAAUACAAGCAUUUCAAGCGACCAAUUUUUUGAGGAUCCAAAUAAAAAAAGAACAGAUCGUUCAAAUUAUCAAGGUCCUGAUUUAGCAACCAUGACAGCUGACUUUAAAGAAGGUGUAUCAAAAGCAGCUGGUAGAUUAUCAUCAUUGGCCAGUAGUGUUAUGUCAACUAUGCAGAAAAAAUAA